GUGCAACUGAGCUCCAGCCAUUCUACGCAGCAGCAUCACUUGUCACAGUGGCCCGCGACAAACAUCACAUCUGCCGCGCGACACCUUGCCAUUGAGCGUCCAGCACCCCUCUCCCCAAUCGACCUCGUACGCGCCGCACGCAGCGGUCACCAGCAGACACAAUGACCAAGGUCGAUUUCCUGCUGCACGAGUCGGCCGUCGGCUAUGCCAUCUUCAAGGUUGUGCACCAGCAGGACACGGUCGGCCUGCACCUCAAGGAGGUCCAGAAGGCCGGCCAGGACCUCGCCAAGUUUGGCAAGAUGGUCCAGCUUGCCAGCUUCGCGCCGUGGAGAAACGCCGCCGAUGCGCUUGAGAACAUCAACCUCAUCUCGGAGGGCAUCCUGCCCGACUACCUGAAGUCCAACCUCGAGCUCAACCUGCCCCAGAGCAAGAAGAGCAAGAUCAUUCUUGGCCUGGCCGACAAGAACCUGGCGGGCUCCAUCAAGGCCGAGUUCCCUGGUGUCGACUGCGAGACUGGCGACACCUCCGAGGUCGUCGCCGACCUCCUCCGUGGCAUCCGCCUGCACGCUGCCAAGCUCCUCAAGGGGCUCGAGGAGGGCGAUGUCGAGAGAGCCCAGCUCGGUCUCGGUCACGCCUACUCGCGUGGCAAGGUCAAGUUCAACGUCCACAAGAACGACAACCACAUCAUCCGCGCCAUUGCUACGCUUGACAACCUUGACAAGGGCAUCAACCUGUUCUCGCAAAAGGUUCGCGAGUGGUACGGCUGGCACUUCCCCGAGCUGUACGCCAUCGCCUCGGACAACUUGACCUAUGCCCGCCUUGCUCUCUACAUUGGCGACAAGGCCACUCUCAGCGAGGAGAAGGUGCACGAGCUCGCCGCCCUCGUCAACGAGGAUGAGGAGAAGGCCCAGGAGAUCAUCAACAAGGCCAAGAUCUCCAUGGGUCGCGAGAUCUCGGACGUCGACAUGGCCAACAUCUCGUCGUUUGCCGGACGCGUCGUUAAGCUCGCCGAGUACCGCCGCACUCUGUACACCUACCUCGUCGACAAGAUGAGCACCGUCGCGCCCAACUUGGCCGCCCUCAUCGGCGAGGUCGUUGCUGCCCGCCUCAUCCAGAAGGCCGGCUCCCUGACCAACUUGUCCAAGUACCCUGCCUCGACUCUGCAGAUUCUUGGUGCCGAGAAGGCCCUGUUCCGUGCCCUCAAGACCAAGGGCAACACCCCCAAGUUCGGUCUCAUCUACCACAGCUCCUUUAUUGGACGGGCCAACCAGAAGGACAAGGGCCGCAUCUCGCGUUAUCUCGCCAACAAGUGCAGUAUCGCUAGCAGAAUCGACAACUUUGCCGAGGCGCCCUCGCGCAAGUUUGGCGAGGUCCUCAAGCAGCAGGUCGAGGACCGCCUGGAGUUUUAUGCCACUGGCAAGAAGCCCACCAAGAACGCCGAUGCCAUGAACAGCGCCAUUGCCGACAUCAUGGCCGAUACUGGUGAUGACACCCUUGCCGUCGACGCCGACAUGGUCGAUGCUCCUCUGCCCGGCAACUCCGAGGACAAGAAGGAGAAGAAGUCCAAGAAGGAGAAGAAGGAGAAGUCCAAGGACAAGGAGGAGAAGAAGAAGCGGAAGCACAGCGACGUCCACGAGAUGGAGGUCGAGGUGGACGGCGACAAGAAGAAGAAGAAGAAGAAGAGGCACUCGGAGGCGUAAGCGGGCCCACACCGGUCUCGUUCUGACUUCUGUCUCGUCUGCUUUAGUACUUGGUCGUCUCGUUGCUUGUACCAAUUGGUCCGGGUCUUCUCUGGGAAACAUCAUCACGCUCAUCGGCCAUUGGGACGACUUCCACUACUACAACUCUUUCAGCAUUGGCUUGGCGUUUAGGGAAAACGGUGUUUUGUCUGUAUACAAUAGGGUCAUACCCGAAUCUAUUCCUACCUACUGUUCAA